AUGCAGAUGCCCUCCCUACGUUGCCAGUGGGGCCAACGGCGAAAAAUCAACUACGAGGAAAACAACAGAAAACAGUUUUCAAUUCUAAGCGACUUAUUUGACGGGAGUGGUGAAAUACUAUACAACCACACGGGGAUGGAAGAAAGCAGAGAACAACAUAUUCGGCCACAACCAAGCAACCACAGAAUGAAGUUUUCUCUGUACAAUGAGACAAUAGCAACUGUGCCUGCCUACUUCAAUGAUGUUCAAAGUGAAGCCACAAAGGUUGCUAGAUGUAUUAUUGGUCUUUUUGAAGAACUGAAUAUGGAUGUGUUCAGCACAAUUGUGACUCUAGUACAGUACAUAAUAUUUACAAAGUUCAACUAUUGGUCAAAGCAUUCUUCGGUUACAAAAAAUCCUUUUCGGGGUAUUAAUUCUGAACAAGCGGUUAAGUAUAAGGCUGCUAUGCAAGCUGUUGUCCUCUCUGAUUUACAAGAUGUCUGCGUGUGCCUGGAUGGUAAAUCUCAGGAACUUGGUAUUGAGACCAUAGGUGCUGUAAUGAUAAAACUCAUCCAAAGGAAUACAGAUAUUUCUACAAAGAAAUCUGAAAUCUUCUCGACUAUCUCUGACAAUCGGCACACUACGACCAUUCAGACUGAUGACAAAGGUCGUUCCAUGAGACAAGAGAAUCAUUUAUUUGGAAAAGUUGAAGUGACGUUUGGAACAGAUGCCAACGAAGGAGCUAAGCAUUUACAUCAAGAAAACGAUUUUGUUGAUGAUGAAUGUAGCAGCAGUAGACAUAAAUCAUUUAAUGGAAGACGUUAUAAAAAGCGCCCGCAACAUGGAUUCGCUCCUGGGACCGGCGAGGGCCUUCCUGGUCGUGGGCCAGAUCUGUGGCCUGGCGCCAUACUGGCUUUCAAGCGAUGGAUUCGAUCUGCACGUGCGCAAGUUCUUCUUCUUGCAACUAUACUCUUGCGCGGUUCUACUGGGACUGCUCAUGUAUUGCAUUCAGUUUUAUAUCGAGUACUUCAUGUUGCCCAAGAUGUAUUACACCGUCUUCGUGCCACAGACAAUGUUGACGCGGCGACGUGCUUGGCGCAGGUGGCGGUGCUGAUGUUCCUGUCGGCCGCGGGGGCGGUGUGGGCGGCCCUGACGCGCCACGCGGGCGCCGCCGCCGCCUUCGUCGCCAAGGCGUCCGCCUGCCACCGCCUCGUGCCCUUCGCCCGAGGGCCCUUUGAGGCGCGCGCAUACACCGCCCUCGUCUUGCAGGGCCCGCGUUUGCAGCUGGUCCACCUGGCGCCCGGGUGCGCGGCCGUGGCGGUCGCGCUCCUGGCGGCCGGCCACUACUACCCGCUGCUGCUGGCGGGCUUCCUGCUGCGCGCCUUCGGGGAGCUGGCCAAGUUCGCGCUGCUCAACGCCGUGCUGGUGGUCCGCGCGGCGGCCGACGCGCUCCACGCCGCCAUGGGCGAGCUCUACCUGCGGCGCCUGCGCGGCGACAAGGAGCGGAUGUUCACGGUGCGCGGCAACCCCGGUGAACCGGAGGACGAGGUCUUGGUGUUCCAGGAGGUGUACCUGACGCUCUGCGAGAUGGCCGAUGUGCUGAACGACGCCUUCGGGACGCAGAUGGUCAUUGAGCUCUUGUACCUGUUCGUAAGCUUCACCUGGUGCCUGUUCAUGUUCGUGACAACGGUGUUUGGAAACAACAAGGAGGACAUUCCCAGCGCCAUGGCGUGGUCCCUGCUGGCUCUGGGGUCCUGGGACAUGGCGGCCCUUGUGGCCCUCACAUCGGCGGUGGGCAACAGAUAA